GCCGCCCCGGGGCCGGGCGCUGCGGCGCCGCCACUUAGGGCUGCUGCCGCGGCGGCAGAGGUCCCUCGUGCAGCUGGACACGGUGUCUGUGCCACCUCCACAGAGCAGCUGAUCAUGCUGUGCUCUGGAGUGGCAAGAACUCGGCAAGACAUUUCCUGGCAUUUAAAUGCCCUUCUUGUUUGGUAGGGGGUACCUCUUGCUGGAUAUCAGAGGUACAGUACCUCUUUAAAAAGAGAAGUGAGAAGGAAAGAGCUUCUGUUUUUGGAAGAGCUGUGCCCCUGAAAAAGAUGUAAAACUGCGCUGAAUGUUCAUGAUGGGUGUCAACUUUAUUGGCGGAUAGAGAAGGAUGAUGGCGGGCAAUAACCAGCUUUGCAUUCGACGUUGGACUACCAAGAAUGUGGCCAAGUGGCUGAAGGAAGAAGGCUUCUGUGAAUAUGUGGAUGUUUUGUGCAAUAGACACAGGCUAGAUGGAAUUACACUGCUGACACUUACUGAGUAUGAUUUACGAUCCCCUCCUUUGGAAAUCAAAGUCCUAGGGGAUAUCAAAAGGCUAAUGUUGUCCAUACGCAAACUACAGAAGCAACAUAUUGAUGUCCUAGAAGAGCUGGGUUACAACAGCGAUAGUCACAUUGGCACAGCGUGCCCAAGUGUUGGUUCACUGCAGGGUACAGAUUGGUUUUGUAAUGGUGAAGUACCUCGGGACUAUGAUGGACCAAUUACUGACUUGAAUGGUGAUCAGUGUCAGUAUGCAAAUGGAAAAAACAAGCACUCUACUAGAAGACUAGACCCAGAGUAUUGGAAGACAGUUUUAAGUUGUGUGUAUGUCUUCAUAGUGUUUGGCUUUACAUCAUUCGUUAUGGUUAUAGUCCAUGAGCGAGUACCUGACAUGCAAACAUAUCCACCUCUACCAGACAUAUUUCUAGAUAGCGUCCCUAGGAUACCAUGGGCUUUUGCAAUGACUGAAGUAUGUGGCGUAAUUCUGUGCUACAUUUGGCUGUUGGUUCUUCUGCUUCACAAACACAGAUCUAUACUUCUGCGAAGGCUGUGCAGCCUCAUGGGGACAGUAUUCUUAUUACGUUGCAUUACAAUGUUUGUUACCUCACUCUCUGUGCCAGGCCAGCACUUGCAGUGUACUGGAAAGUUGUAUGGCAAUGUUUGGGCAAAACUCCAGCGGGCAUUUGCAAUAUGGAGUGGCUUUGGAAUGACUCUGACUGGAGUACAUACGUGUGGAGAUUAUAUGUUCAGUGGCCACACUGUCGUCCUGACCAUGCUCAACUUCUUUGUCACAGAAUAUACGCCAAGGAGCUGGAACUUCUUGCACACCUUGUCCUGGGUCCUGAAUCUCUUUGGAAUCUUCUUCAUUUUGGCUGCACAUGAACAUUAUUCUAUAGACGUCUUCAUUGCCUUUUACAUCACUACAAGACUCUUUUUGUAUUACCAUACACUGGCUAAUACUAGAGCAUAUCAACAGAGUAGGAGAGCAAGGAUCUGGUUUCCAAUGUUUUCUUUUUUUGAAUGCAAUGUCAAUGGUACUGUUCCCAAUGAGUAUUGCUGGCCCUUUUCAAAACCUACUAUACUGAAAAGAUUGAUUGGCUGAAGAGUGUGUGGGUCAGUUCAGAUUUUUAUGAAGCGUUAUGACUAAGAUCCUACAAGGCUAGUUGGAGGGGGAUGUAAAGUAACAUUUUUCACUCUGUGAUCUCCUCCUGCUUGUCUUGUUUCUUAGAUUCUUAGCCAUAAAAUGGAGUUCCCAUACUUCACAGGGAUGUGGUUUGUUUUCUUGUUGCUAAAAUAGAAAACAAUGCAGGGACUGGUAAAGGCUAUUGGUGAACCAUGAAUAUAAACCAGAAUACUGUUACCCUUAGUAAGGUUCUGUGUGAAUGUUUAUGUAACUCUAACCUGAAAUAUAUGCUUGUACUGAAUAUCAUACACUCUUUACAGGUCCAAAUAAUCGCCGUUACCUGACAUGCCAGCCUUUACAUAUACUGACUAAAAAAUUAGAACUUUAUGAAGACUUUCUUUUAAAACAGUCAUAAAUGUAAUUUUCAAAACAAACUCUGUGUAUACUUAAAGAUUGAGGAGUACUGUGUCAUAAUGAAGAAAGCAGUAUAGUUCCUUGCUAAAAGGGUCUCUUAACUAUUAAAUAAUGAGUCUUAAAGUAUAAUUGACAGUAUAAAUGGUCUGCAUACAGGUUGCCAAAAAUGAAACUCUGCCUUGUGGCUAUGCAGUGAUGAUGUUUUUUUUAAUGAGUGCUUAUUUAGUCUAGUCUAUCAGUUGUCUAUAUGGUUGUUCUAGCACUUGGAAGUUUUCCCUUUUGUGUUUAAAUAAAUGAGUUAAAGUAAAUGUUACAUCCACUGAAAGUAAAGUUAAUUUAGCUUUAGUGAGUUUAAAGCCACAAAGUAACUUUUGUGUGGUUUUAAUUGUUUAUACCCAAACCUGUGCAUGCUUUUUAGGAGCAGCUCUUUAGCAUUGGAAAAACAGAACAGUUAUCUUCAUAUAUCGUACUGUCCCAUAAAUGGAUGGGGAAAAUGCAUGUAGUAACUCUUUCAGGAAAAGUAAUAAUAGUGAGUAUUGGAAAUAGUGCUCAUAUUGAUGUAUGUUUUAGCACUCUGGUGUUAACAAUAUGGUGAAUAUCUCUGGAUAUAUAUACACAGUAUAUUUGUUUAUAUAUAUAAACACACACAGUAUAUGUUCUAACAAGUAUGAAAAGAGACUAGUUCUUAAAUCAAGUUGCUCAUUUACAACACUGAAAGGUAAAAGUACCAUAAGCAGUUGAGUUUUGGUUGUUUUUUAAAAAAAAAAAAAAAAAAAGACAACAAAACACCCCCAAAAACCCCAAACCAACACUCCGAGUCCAUAAUGCAUAAGCAAGGGUCACACAGUUGGUGAUCUCUUAUGCGGUGGUUUGUAAGGGGACAAUACUAAUGUUGGCUGUAGAGACUUGGAAUUAGAUUUAUGCUAAAUGAAAACUGAUAGGUAAAAGGUGCAAAUCAUAAAAAUGGUAUAGACCUUUUAAUUUGGUUAUUGCAAUUUCAGAAUAGGUGGUAUGUGCAAAAGGUAGUGUAAGUCAGCAUUGGAAAGUUACACGAAGCAUUUCCAGCUUGGUACAAGCUGACUUAAUGGCCACAAUGUACUUAUGUUUGCAUGGAAAAGAAUCCCUUUGGAAUUUUGCAAGACAGUUUUGUAUUUGGAGGCUUGUAACCUACUGUGGGCUACUCCUCGCUGUAUUGUGUUCCUUUUAUAAACCUGGACUGUACCAACUUCGUAGUAUAUUACUAUUGUAACUUAAUUUAGCUCCUGUUCCACAGGGGAGAGGAAUUGUGCAUCUUAGAGUAUCUCUGCCAACUAUAUUGAGCACACAUACAUUGUACUGUUCUGCGGACUUUUAUAUUUGUAACAUUCCACUUUUUUAGCAAAAUUGCAGGUUCAAUACUAUAUUGUUCAAUCUGCCAUAGCCUGAUGGCUCUUGCCAUCCAAAUUGGGGGAGUAUGCUUACACUUAAGAAAAAAAGGAGAAAAUACUCUGAAAGAUUUAAAGACUUCAUUUGCUGUUCUUACCUUUCUGAUUUCAGAAAGGCAAUUUGAACAUUCCUCUUGAGACUUUAUAAUCAAAGAGCUCUAUUUGUUAAUUUAUAUUUGCCUUUGCAAUGCACACAGAGUUAUGAAUACUAUUUUUUUAAGCUCUAGGAAACACCUGUUCUCAGGAUGUGCAGGAUUGUAUUCUGAGUUAUAACAUGUGGAGGGGUAUGCAAUUAAACUUGCAAAGCUGUUGAUUCUGAAAAGAACCAUGUCAGUGCUAACUGGCAUAGUUGUGUCUAAACUGAAAAAUUAUUUUGCAACUUAGACAUGCAGGAGAAUUUUCAAGUACAGCCCAGUGUAACAAUGUUUACAUAAAGUAAAGCUAUAAUUUCAAUACUUUUUUUUUAAAUGAAGUUCAUAUACUUUGAAACCUAAGGCUUCUCUUGUUGUUCUAAUUUAAUUUUUCAAAUUCUGUUAAGUAAAUCCAUGUUUUAAAUCAGCAUUGCCUAUCAGUGUUUUUUAAAGGAAACUUGUUCUUUUGUGCUGUUUCCCUUGAUGCUAAAUAUCUGAGUCCAAGAUAAGUAAUAUACAGAGGCUGGUUUUGUGAGCAUUGAAGUGGGUUAAAACAUUGUCAGGAUAAUUGUCCUCUUCUAUUUUGGAAGUUCAUUUUGCCUGUCUGUAAACACGCAAGAGGAAGGCUUAAAAUUGGUAGAAGACAGAAAAAUAUGAUCUCACAUGCAAAAAAGCACAGGUCAGUCUGUAAAGUGGGUAAUGUAAGCUUUAUUGUUAAUGAGAUGGAAACAAGUUGCAAGUAACUGACAGACUUAAAAUUCUGUACAUCCUUUUUGAAGAGUCAAUGUUUUAAAAGCAUUUUGCUGCUUCUCUGCUGCUAACAAACACUUAAGUAAAGGCAGCAGAGCAUCGUUGGAUUUAAUGCUAAGUAUGUUCAGGGUUGUCCUUCUCCCUUAUGUUCAUGCACCAGUCUUUUUGCUGUCCUUUAACUUGCUGCACCUAUUUUGUGCAAAGUCAUAUUCUGUGGUCUGUGGGAGCACACACAUAAUCUGAAUUCAGAGUAAUGAAUGAAUUACUGCGUUACAUCAGCAAGUGCAAGUGUCUAACAAUAUUAGUACCACAAAGUGCACAAACUAAUCAAGUAGAAAAGUCUUAACUGAAUAACUCUGUAUAUACAAAAGAAGGGGAGGAUCACAUUUUUUUGGCAGCUUAGCAAAUCUAGUAGUAUUUGAGACUUGACAAUAGUCUUGAGUUCUUCCUUAUUAUUAUCAGUUUGGGGAUAUGUAUGCACAUAGCUGCAAGUGACAGACAUAUAGGCACUCCCUCCUUUUUUUUUUUUUGUUGUUGUUGUUGUACCUUAUGACACAGCUGCUUAUAAUAGCUUUCCUAAACUUUUUGCCUUUAGUUUUUCCUUUCUGGAAGAUCCCUUAAACUAGCGGGUUUAUGACAUUACACCUGCAUACAGAAAUUAGACUUUCAUAGAUGCAUUUUUUUAGCAAAUUCUGAUUACACUGACAAAAGCUUAUGGAAGGAUCUUUAAGCAAGGUUCCUCCAACUGUUCUUAAAUAAUGAUAUAGAAAGCUUCCAUAUGUGCUAAUUACCUUUGUGUCCUCUGGUAAACAAGGUAACACUUAUACAAAGGGUUGGUACAGAAAUGUAGAUAGGCCUGAAGUAUUUAAAUAUCCAAGACUAGCAAGAAUUGGAUCCUAUAAGUAUACUGCUGGUGAUGAAGCAAAUGAUAUGCUUAACUUUAAGCAAAUCACUAAAUGCUCUUGACUUCAGUGAGGGUUACCAUUUUAAGCAUUUUCUUGGAUAAGGCCAAGUGCAUGCUGUACGUGGUAUAUUGCUACAGUAAUGGGAAUAGGUAAUGUCACUUUCUUUAAUUUUCCUUGAUUUCUCUCCUCCCCCCCCCUUACUAUAGAAGAAAACAUCCCAGUAGAAUUUUAAAGAAAUUACUACUUAACUGGGUUCUGAGAGAAUAAAUGUUUUUAAAAAAAAAAAGGGGCAUCAAAAUAAAACCUUGAUAGUUAGCUGCUUUAAAAAGCAAGAGUCAGUUAAAUUAUUUGGGGGAAAAAAAGUUAUUUUUUGAUGCAAGCAUGUUAAAUAAGGUUAUUUAUAAGUAUUGAAUCCCUUUAAUGAGGAUAAAAGCACAGGUUCCUAUAAUCUUCUUUUGUGUAUGACUGUGUCUCAUGUAGUGCCAAAAAGAGUAUUGAAGGGAAAGAGGGAAGGGUUGAACUUGGACAUCAGUACACGUUCUUUGCAACAGUUAGUAUCUCGUUGGGGUUUUUAAGCAGUGCUUGCAUAUUUUGUGCUACACUUGUUCAUUACUAUUUAGCUAGGUUUUUGAUAUACGAAAGUCCACUAGGUUUUCAAGCACCAAAACUAUUGUGGAGCUGAGUCUUAAUCAUUAAUUGUGCAUUUGAAGAAACAGCAGAUGUCUUAGGGGAAAAAAACGUAGGUUUUGUGGACCUGGAGUAUAACAAAAGUAACCUAUAACAACUAUGAUAGUUUUUCAUCCUGUCCAUGUAGUUUCUACUGAAAAGUUGGGGAGAAUUCGCAGUAAUUUACAGACAAUAUUGAUUUUUUUCUGGUUUUUUUGAAUAAUUAGGAUACUUUUAUAGAAACUUGACUAACUACAAAAAACAUCAUAGUCUUGUCGAGAUGGAAUUAUAUUUGGCAGAAGUCCUAGGAGUGAGCCAGCUUACCCUCUGAAUUGUUUUGUGCAUGUAGACUUUAUCAAUCAAGGGUUCAUUGAUAGACCACUGAUGAUUCAUACAGAUUACUAUUUCUGAUGUAUCUUUGACAUUGUCACUCUUCUAAUUGAAACAGUAUUUCUGGGGGGGAAAAAGUCCUUAGGAGUGAACCUGCUGAUGUCUUGUUCAUUAUAUGAAGAAAAACACCAAAAAACCCCCUCACAACCCCUCAAACACUAUAGUAUUGUGAACAGUGAACUUUCCAUAUAGCAAUAUCCUGCAUACUUACCACUUGUAUCUUAAGAAAUUUGCAGUAUUAUGUACCUAAUUCAGUGACAUGAACAUUUUUAAAGCCAGUUUGUAAUAGGUGUGUAAGAACUUAAGAUGAUAAGUGUGGAGCACAAUAACCUGACGUAUUAGCUCAGUGACCGUGCAGUUAGAAAGACUAACUAAACUUAGUUUUGCUCUUUCCAUUCAGUUUUGUCAAAUACGAGAAAUUUCUCAAAUGUGAGAAACCACAAACUGCAUUGUACAUGGUACUUAACAUAAUAGGGAUGUAGAAACAUGGCUUUUCACACUGAACAGUUAGUUCAAUUUUGUUCCGACAGAGAAAAUAAUAUUACCUAAUGGCUAGAAGGUAUGCCAGUGAAGUUUAAAGUGAGUACUGUAAAUAAGUAAAUAUUGUUUUGAUUCUAAACCCAGAUUGAAUUAAUAUAUGGUUUUAUAUCUUUGUUGUAUUAAAACAUAUUUAAAAGUACUAAAAUAAAAUA